CAACAGAAUCCAGUCCCAGUUUUGAGUAUUUGAACGUGUCCUGUUCGGUAAUGAUUUGAGAAAGAAAGGGAAACUAUAUACAAGAAAAAUGGACCUGAAUAAAAGUGAAGAAGAAGUUGUUAACUUUUUUAAAGAGGCUGUUAACAAGAAGGACCUAGCUGUUCAGAGUGAUCUGCUAAAGAAGUUAGCUCAGAUUUAUGUUAUGAAGUUUGAUGCAGACAAGGAUGUAACUAACUUGAAGAAUUCCGCGGCACUUUGUCAGGCGUCGAUAGUCCGGGAUAAAAGUGGAAACCACCACAAAGAACUAAAAGCCAUUGUUGAAAAUGUUGAAGAGAAGAUGCUGAUGCACAUGUUGCAAGGAAAUGAUCCGAAAUGUGAUGAAAAUCGAGAUGAUUCCCUUUCCUCGUCCUUGGCCUCCAGACUGGAGAUAACAAAAGGAUCCCACAUACAGGAACAGAAUAGCACGAACAAACGAAAACUUCAGGCGAUUAGAGAAUGGGCCAGUAGUCAAUGUAAGAACAUCAUGGAGACUUCGUGGAAAAUACCUGAAGAAGAAGAUGUGUUUCAGAAGCUGGAUCGAGAAGUUUUAUUCAUCCAACAAACCAAGGCAUUAUAUGUUGAAAUUGAAGUAAAGAUGCGUUCCUUUAUCAGUCAUCUCAUUCGUCAGUGUCAAGACGUACUUGGCAAACCAAGUGGUGAAUAUGCUUUCCUUGGACUGGGCUCGUUUGCUAGAGCUGAGAUCACACCUUGGUCCGAUCUGGAGUUUGUUAUCCUGAUAAGGAAUGAUGACGACGGUACAAAAAGGUAUUUUAGAAACCUGACCCACCUGCUUCACCUGAAAGUAAUCAAUUUUGGCGAAACGCUUCUACCAGCGAUGGGCAUAAAGUCUCUGAACGAUUUCAGUGAAGGUGGAGAUGACUGGUUCUUUGAUGACAUCACUCCGAGUGGUUUGAAAUUUGACGGAGCUAUGCCUUGGGCCAGCAAGCUUCCCACAGGUCGAGGGGCAACCAGCACCAAACCGGCUGUUGAGCUUAUCUGCACUCCCAAACAAAUGGCCAGUUUCCAAGAACCAGCAGAAGCUAAAACUCAUGGUUAUCAUUUGGCAGACAUGCUUGUUACACCGUCUUUGCUAUAUGGAAGCCCAACCUUGAUGCAAGAAUAUUUCAAAGAAGUAAAAGAAAUCUUGCAAAGGAGAGCACAUGAAGCGAGCGAUUUGAUCCAUAUGAUUUCCGAAGUAUAUAAAUCACAUUUGUUUGAAAGGUGUCCUGACACAGUCACAGAAGCCCAUGUACGGUUCAUAGAUGCCCUGAAGUAUGACAACGGUAGGUAUCUGACAUUCCCUAUGUCAAGAUACAAAACGAAGUUUAGUUCCAAGAAGGAUGUCUACAGAUUUCCAAGUGCCACUAUUGAUAAUUUCAGGUUACUUGGGGAAAUCAAAAGUCAGAAUUCCUGGGAGUUUAUUGAAGCGAAUUUCAAUCAAUUCGUUAUAAUUGAAGCAGCUUUGCUCCUAAGUAUAUCUGUGAUGCUUCGUCUCACCGUGUACUCCAUACAAGGCUGCCAAGUUGAAGACACGACCACCUUGGGUCUGUUGAGCGACGAUGCAUGGCUGUCACAACAGAGGAGAAUUGUUGUUUUCAACCCUAUCGCAGUGGACAGGUUCUAUGAAUUGCUGAGUAAUUUCAUGAGCAAGAACACUGGGAUCCUCCUGGGUUCUUCCAAGAGUCUGUCCGCGUACAAACCCACCGAGAAGGAACCACUUGGUAGGGUCCAAAAGUUACUCGAUUGCAAUAAAACCGAAGAAGGUCUACAGCUGGCAAGGGAGAUAAUGGAUACACACGGAUGGAGUUACGUACCGGAUUCAGCUCAUGCCGACCGCUAUGAUGAUAUUGUCAAGGCAUUCCUCCAUAACAAGGAAUAUGAUCGUGUACAGACUAUGUGCUCCUGUUUGCUGAGUUUUGAUGAACUGCCAAAUCUGUACAGGGUUGUUUUCAUGGUAUAUCUCGCGCAGUCGUACAUGUCUCUGGGAAACAUAGACAUUGCCGUGACCGUUGCCAAGCAGGCAUUGGAGGUUGCAACUGAAAAAGGGCCGCAGCGCAGUUUUGAAAGAGUUUUGUGCUUGGAUGUUCUUGGUGGUAUGUAUUUUCUCCAGAGGAAACCAGAGGAUGCUGUGAGAACUUUACAGUCAGGUUUGGAAAUGAUUGAUUACAUGGAAAAGCACAUCGUUGAAAUUAAUCAUGAGGUCAGAGCAGCAGGAGUGCAGUGGACUGGGCAUUGGGAAGAACACGAGCUGUAUGAUGAAAAUUUUGAUCAGCGGUUUGCCUAUAAAGAUAGAGAUGCAAUUGCCGGAUUGGAUAUGGAAAUGAGUAAUGUUUUGUCAACCGUAUUCCUGCAGAUGGAAAGGUUCGACGAGGCUCUCACCUACGCAGAAGCAGCAUUAAAGAGGUUCGAGAAGACCUUUGGCAACUUGGCACAUCCAAGGAAAUCGAAUUGCCUUAUCAAUUUGAGUCAAAUAUCAAUGAGACAAGGAAAUCUGGUCAUGGCAAAGAAAUAUAUCGAUGAUGCCAAGGAGAAUCUAGAUAGCAUGAUGCCCACGUCUGCAACAAUGCAACAGUUAUUGAUGACCGAAGGAUUGCGAGCUACAAUAUACAGAAUGCUUGGCCUAUCACCACAGUAAUUUUUAGGACAAGAAACUUGAACAACACCGGACAAAUUUUGUAGAACAUAAAUAGUUUUCUUAAAACAUUGCACGAACUUCCUGCACAUGCAUGCCCUUAGAACUAUGGUUUUAGUACGAAGUAUAAUCAUUCGCACAUAACUGAUACGAAAUGCCAACUUUCAAGGAAAGCCACCGGUGAAUUUGAAACUACCGAAUCUGAAACGAAAUCAGCACUGUAACAUGGUCCUGAUUCUGUCAAAGUAAAGCUGUGGCCAUCUUGAUUGGUAACUCGAUGCUGACUGACACUGCUUUAAUCCAAACAGUUAUGUUGUAAAGGCAAUAGGAUUGUAGUUGAUAGAAACAAGGGGGAAUUUUGUUUUAAACGAAUCAGCAAGUUUGUUUACAUUUUUAGUAACACAAACAAAAUGCAUAAGUUUUGA